GGGGGGAGGGAGGACAUUCUUGCAGGGGAUUAAUUUUGAGGUGACUCAAAUAGACACUUUGAUCCAUUCCAUCUGCAGAUUGACUUGUUUUAGCUUGUUCAUAUAUGUAGCAAAUUCUCUCCUUUCCUUUUUACAUUUGGAAAAUUGCUCAUAGCCCACACAUGGCUCUGUAAUUGGGGGGAGUUUGUUCAUUCUUGCCUCCAGGAAGACAUUUCUGUCUGCUGAGCUGGAGUUCCAGACAAGAUGGCAAGAAUGUAAGAAAAAUGUAGGUGGCAAGCAUGGCUGUAAAACUCUUUAUCUAUGAUUGUUUAAGAAAUGGACACUUAUACAUCUGUAUUUACAUUGAGAUGCCUUUAAACUGCAUGAGAUUUCUUGACAUUUUGCAUGAGAUUUAAGACUUUGCUCUGGCUCUUUAUCAGCACUUAACUGUAUUUAACUGUUGUUAUUGAAUAAGGACAUGGGAGUUCUUAGUUUAUGUAAGAGAUUCCCUAAAUAUAAACCUCCAUGAACUGAGAUUAGGAUUUGAUUGUCAUGUACAUUCAGCACAUGUGAAUAGUAAGGACAAAAGGGCUAUAUUUGUUCUACAGGUUUUAUACAAUUUUUAUGUUGUGUAUAUAUAUAUGUGUUUUGCAUGGAAGAGAUUCAUUUGUUACACUUCAGUGUCUGGAGUAGAGUAGUUCAGAUCACUAAACCAUAAAGUUUGGUUUGUUUGGUGUAGCUUUUAAGGUUUUCAGUCUUUUUUUUUUUUUCCCCAGGAAAAACCACAAGUCUCUGUCCUUUUUUGUUUGUUUGUUUGUUUGUGGAAUGACAGCAUUGCCUUGUUUAAAAGUAUCUGGUCUAGCAUUGACGUUUUAUUACCUGUUCUGCUAGCAGUGGAUUAGACAGAAGUGAUAUUGGUUUCCACAGUUCAAGUAUCUAUCAUGCAUAAAUACAACAUGGCGGCUGUACCCCAUAUAAGAGUAGUGAAUAAAGGUCUGUGAAGGAACUGGUGAGAGACUGACACACAGUGUUUGUGACCUGCUGAUUUGCUGUCAGACCUCCUGUUGUUCAGUUUCUUUGAUCACCUUGGACUGAAAAGUCUCUGGAAAGUGAAAAGAUGAAAAAUCAGUCGGAGCUAGAGGAAGGUAGAAACUGCAGUCAGUGCAGUAUAGUAAUAAUCUGUGAGUUGAACUUUGCCUGAACUAAAAACUGAUUGGAACAGUUGUUCUGUUUGCUUUCGUUUGCCUGUCUCCUCCCUCCACCCCCUUCAAUGGUCUCACCAUGCUAAGCUGGAUGCAGAACUAGAACAGAGGAAUGUCAGUCAGAGUGGGUUCUGAAACAGUAGGAUUGAGAUAUAUUAUAAAGGCAGCUUUUCAUUGGGAAGCUUUUUCAGAUGAUUUGGAAAAUAUGGUUACUUAACUGUUGCUUGGUGAACAAAAGAUAAAUGGGUAUGCUUAGAGCAUGCCCAUGUAGCCCUGUAGAUGUUAAUUGCUAUUUGAAAGCUAUUAUAAUGGUGGGGAGAGAGGGGGGCAUAGUGGAAAUGCUAAGUUAAAGCCUGAAACAGUGAUUGAGCACCUGGUAGGUAGGCAGGGCCAACCCAGGGGAGCUCAGUUAUGUGUGAUGUGCAUGAGUGACCAGAAGGGGCGGAGCCAGGAUCUACCCCUUUCCAGACCUCGUUUAAGUGUUCGUAGUGGAGGCAAGGGUAUCUCUCUGGAGAGGCCUUCCAAAGCCUCGGGAAACAGCAUUGAAGUCUCAUACUUUCAAAAACAAAUCCUUUAAGAAAUCCAAAAUCUGUGGAUUCUGCAAACAAGUAAUUGAUAGCCAAGGCAUUUCAUGCAGAGUUUGCAAGUAUGCCUGCCACAGGAAAUGUGAAGAGAAGGUGGUGACACCUUGCUUUCUUCUGAGCAACUACAAACUGGCAAAUAACUUGGAAGCCUUUGAAAAUCAUGUGACCAGAACCAAUUCCAGCAGUGUUUUGAAGAACACUUUCAGUUGUGACAAAGGAUCACAAAAGUGCCGAAGUGCAGACUUUGAUCACAUUAUGGAGGAAGGCUAUGAACUUGACCUCACUUACAUCACAGAACGGAUCAUUGCUGUGUCCUUCCCUGCUGACUGUUCUGAGGAAACGUACCUCCACAAUCUACAAGAUGUAACACGAAUGCUCAAAUCCAAACAUGGGAAUAAUUACCUGGUACUAAACCUUUCUGAAAAGAGGUAUGACCUUACCAAGCUUAACCCAAAGAUUAUGGAUGUGGGUUGGCCUGAUCUUCAUGCCCCACCUCUUGAUAAGAUGUGUACCAUCUGCAAAGCUAUGGAAUCAUGGCUAAACAGUGAUCUUCAACGCGUGGUGGUGAUCCAUUGCAAAGGAGGAAGAGGAAGGAUUGGCGUAGUCAUAUCAUCGUAUAUGCAUUUCACCAGUGUUUCUACAAGUGCUGAUCAGGCUCUAGACAGAUUUGCUAUGAAGAAAUUCUUUGAUGAUAAAGUUUCAGCUUUAAUGCAGCCAUCCCAGAAAAGAUAUGUGCAAUUUCUAAGUGGCCUUCUAUCUGGAUCCGUGAAAAUGAAUACAGCUUCACUUUUCCUGCACCACGUUAUCCUUCAUGGCAUCCCAAGCUUUGAUGCUGGUGGAGCUUGUCGGCCUUUUCUGAAGUUAUACCAAGCUACCCAACCCGUAUAUACAUCUGGAAUAUAUAGUGUAGAGUCAGAAAAUCAAAACCGAAUCUGCAUUGCUAUAGAGCCAGCCCAGCUUUUGAAAGGAGAUGUUAUGCUGAAGUGUUAUCAUAAAAAAUACCGAUCAGCUACUCGUGAUGUGAUUUUUCGCCUUCAGUUUCAUACUGGAGCUAUUCAAGGAUAUGGGUUGGUGUUUGGUAAAGAGGAUUUAGACAGUGCCAAUAAAGAUGAACGUUUCCCUGAUAAUGGCAAAGUGGAAUUAGUGUUUUCAGGAACUCCAGAGAAAGUUCAAGGAUGUGAACACCUUCAGAAUGAUCAUGGAGUGGUAGUUGAUCACAAUACCUCAGACCCGCUAAUACGCUGGGACUCCUAUGAAAAUAUGAGCUCUGAUGGAGAAGUGCUGCAUACCCAAGGUCCCAUUGAUGGCAGUCUGUAUGCAAAAGUAAGAAAGAAGAGCUCUUCAGACGGCAGCAUCCCUGGUGUUGCUCAAGGUAUUCCUGUGACCAGCAGUCCUGAUCACAGAGAUCAUACCCUGUCUGUCAGCAGUGACUCAGGACAUUCAACAGCUUCUGUCAGGACAGACAAAACUGAAGAACGCCUUAUACCAGGAGUCAAACGGGUUCUGAGCCCACAGGAGAAGGCAGAACUGGACAAACUACUUAGUGGCUUUGGUUUGGAGGACUCUAUCAUCACUACCAGGAGCGUGACUGAUACUGGAAGCAAGUACAGUGGGACUCACCACACAGUGCCGGCUCAGGUUCAUGUGAAUGGGGACACCAAACUGAAGGACAGAGAGACUGAUAUUCUGGAUGAUGAAAUGCCUAACCAUGAUCUUCACAGCGUAGACAGCAUUGGGACUUUGUCUUCUUCAGAAGGGCAGCACUCCACUCAUCUAGGUAACUUGAGUUGCCCCAAGAGCAGUCAGAACUCACUUCUCUCAGAUGGCUUUGGAAGUAACACAGGGGAAGACCAUCACUGUGCCAUUGCCCCAGACCUGGGAAUUGGUGUGGAUCCCCUCUAUGAAAGAUCAUUUGGAAACACUGAGCCUCAGUCAUCUCAGCAAUUGCAAAGGAAUCCUUGUGUCUCACCCCAUCCUCAAGCCUAUGACCCAAGUAACUACUCUACUCACACCUGGGUUUGCCAGCAGCAGAUGGUCACUGCUCACCAGUAUGGUUUUGUGCCACAGAACGAAAUGAGGGUUGGCAUUCAUAAGACUGUGGAGAAUUUAGGCAUUGUUCAGAGUCAGUCCCACAUCCCAGACAUGCUGACACAUGGCUCCAGCAGUAAAGAUGCUAUUCAGAGAGGACUAGAAAGCAUACCAGGUGUUGCUGAAGGUGCAGAACCUGCAGACAGUGAGAGUUUUAAGUCAGAGCUAGUGCCUCAGAGGGACACAAAUAGCCAGGAUCUUGGACCAAAUGCAGGGGACUUGCCAGCUUCUCCAACUUUGGAUAUUGAUCAGUCCAUUGAACAACUGAACAGGCUGAUCUUGGAAUUAGACCCUACGUUUGAACCUAUCCCAACCCGCAUUAACAUUGUCACCAGGGACACAAAUCAAGCAAAUGGCUUCACUAGCCAUAAUACAGAUGUGGAAGAGCUUGUCAUGAGCCCUGGCAUCCAUGAGAAAUUAGAGGUCACAAACAGGAAUGCCUUCCAAAAUGGUUCAAAAGAUAAUGAUGCAGUGGUGGGAAGGAACAGAAAGUUAAGUGUUGGACAGUAUGACAAUGAUUUCCCUGGGCAGUCAUUGUAUAGCGGGUGUGGAUGGAUGAAGUCUGUUGUUGCUGACCAGGCUGUAAAUCCAGGAUCACUAAUCCCUGUGGGAGAGACCAAAGAGAUGUCUGUGGCGUGUUAUCAAGAUGAAAUAUAUGGAGGAAUCUUCUCCCUACCCAGAAACGGAAAUGAAGAUGUUCCAUCCACGCCAGCUUUUUCACUGCCACCAGAAACACCAUAUGUGAAAACACCUCCACUGUACCAUCAGCGGAUUUCCUCCAGCCAGAAGGUCAGCAGCCCAUCUGGGCUGUACAAAACCAGUCCUGAAUCUCAGAGUUACACAGAAGCCCUUAACCAUCCUACAGUAGUGUCUGACAAUACCAUAGACACUAACCCUGCUUUGCUGAGACCCAACACGCAGGUGGACCCUUCCUUUCAGCGCUGUUUAGUGUCCCCAUGUACAGCUUCAAGUAACAGUUCUGUGCCAGUGGGAGAAAGCUCUCUUGUGACAGAACAUUCUUGGAUUCAAAACAGCCCUAAAUCUUCCAAAUUGUUCCAACUUUCAACAGGAAGCAACAGGCCAACAGGAAGUUACCAUGUGCCUUCUGAAUUUUCAAACCCUGUGCAAGAUGGUUCUCUCUUGUCUCAUUUCCAAACCCCAGGGCUGCAUGUUGUCACCCUGAGCAACCUGGAGAAAUCACCAGCAGAGCAACAGCAAGAACUUGCUGUCAGUAGCAGUGCUCAGGCAUAUCGAAGCUACAAUGGGGCCAAUGUGGGCAUUAGUUCCCCCCAGGAGGAGAAACAAGAUACUUUCAUAGCCAACACUAGCAAAUCUCCUAAAACCAUGAGCUCAUCUGUAGAAAGUGCAGAAGACGAUGGCUUUUUGGCCCAAAACUUUCUUGCAAUGACCUCUGGACAUAUUAGUCAGAACAAUGCAGUCCAUCCGUGCCUUGGAGGGAACCUACAUUCUCAACCACCUCUUCCAGAGAAAAAGAGGUCCUCUGAAGGGGACCGUUCCUUUGUCUCCAUCUCACCUUCUUCAAGUGGUUUCUCAAGCCCCCACAGUGGAAGCACAAUCAGCAUCCCCUUCCCAAGUGUUCUUCCAGAUUUCUCGAACACUGGAAAGACUUCCCUGUUGCCAGAAAACACAGCAGAGAAACAAGUGACUGUAAAAUUUGUCCAGGACACAUCCAAGUUUUGGUAUAAACCAGAUAUUUCAAGAGAACAAGCCAUUGCUGUUCUCAAGGACAAGGAGCCUGGGUCAUUUGUUGUUCGAGACAGUCAUUCUUUCCGGGGAGCCUAUGGACUAGCAAUAAAAGUUGCUGUACCACCUCCUUCUGUGCUGCAGAUGAACAAGAAAGUUGGAGAUUUGUCAAAUGAACUUGUAAGGCAUUUUCUGAUUGAAUGCUCUCAGAAGGGGGUUCACUUGAAAGGAUGCCCAAAUGAACCAUGCUUUGGGAGUUUGACUGCUCUGGUGUACCAGCAUUCCAUUACUCCACUGGCAUUGCCCUGUAAACUCCUCAUCCCAAACAGAGAUCCAUUGGAAGAGAUGGCAGAAACUUCUCCACAGACUGCUGCAAACUCAGCAACAGAGCUUCUCAAACAGGGUGCAGCAUGUAAUGUUUGGUAUCUGAAUUCAGUGGAGAUGGAGUCCCUCACAGGCUACCAGGCAGUACAGAAAGCCUUGAGCCUGACGCUGAUGCAAGAUCCUUCUCCCAUCUCAACCAUUGUCCAUUUCAAGGUGUCUGCACAGGGAAUCACGCUAACAGAUAAUCAAAGAAAACUCUUUUUUCGGCGACAUUAUCCAGUCAACACUGUUAUUUUCUGUGCUUUGGAUCCACAAGACAGAAAAUGGAUGAAAGAUGGCCUUUCUGCAAAAGUAUUCGGGUUUGUUGCUAGGAAGCAAGGCAGUGGCACAGACAAUGUGUGCCACCUAUUUGCAGAGCACGAUCCAGAGCAACCUGCCAGCGCCAUUGUGAAUUUUGUGUCAAAGGUCAUGAUUGGAUCCCAGAAGAAGAUCUGACUGUUUUCCAACCUCGAUUCAAGAGCUCUUCGCUGACUUCAUUUAAGAAAAGCCUUGUGAUAUAGAGAAAACCUAAUCAGCAAGAAUGUCAAUCUCAAGAAAGAGUUCAGCCUUUUAUUUGAAGAUGCCUCUGAUUUAGCGAGGCAUUGUUUCUUUUCAUUUCGAAGGACAAUGCAAAAGAAACUGGAUGCCACCCAAAUCUGUAGCCCAUAUCUGAAAGAAGCAUGUAUGAAAAGCUUUUCUCCUGAAGGAUUUCUAAUAUUAUUUUCACAUUUCAUCAUUUAUUAUUUCAUCAUUUAUUGGAGCAGAACUACUCACUCUCUACUAGACUAUGCUGUUUUUAUGCAGAGCAUAAUUCAUAUAACCUCCACAAAGAAAUUUGGUAUAGUUGCAUCAGUGGUAGCUAUCGGUCCUGCAAACAUGUUUUUAAGGAGACCAUUUGCUCUUCCCUUUGUCUUUUUGGGAAUCAGUGUUAGGAACUGAAUGGAGAAAAGAGAAGAUGUAUGUGAACAGAAGGCUUGAGUAAGUUGGUUUCUGAUAAGAAAGGAGCAGCAGUGUGAAAGAUUGCGCUGUAUUUAGCAUAAAGAAGAGUGGGCAGUUUUAAUGGGAAUGGUUUUAAACAGAAGAGAUAGCAGAAUAGGAAAAAAAAUGGUUGCAUGGAAACAUUCUGUAAUUGCAUUUUUUUAUUUUUUUUAAUACUAAGAACUAAGGGAAGAUAUUAUUUUUAAAUAAUUGUAGGAUAAAAAUGAGGGAAAAGCAAAUAAAUUUUUAUAACUUAUAUUUUUGCCUGUGCCAGAUUAUUUAUAGUAAACCUCAGAUCUUGAUAUUUCAUAUGGGUAUUUGUGAUAAAAAAAUGUUGAGGUUUGCCAUUCAGCACUGUUUUGUGUAAGUAAAAGCAUACCUUGCUAUAGACAACAGAGUAUCAUAUUUUUACUUCUGCUUUACAGUGACAAGCUAAUUCCCUUUUCCAUGUCUCUUUGCAACACUGCUUUGGCAGUAAUAUUUGUUCCCCUGUCUAAUUCCUAUGUAAUUGGGUUCUUUUUGGUCCCCUUUUUAUUGGACGCUUGGGGAUUUAUUUUUGAAUUUUUUAAUCUGUAGGGAUGAUUUUUAUGGUUUAUAAUUUUUAAUAAUUCCUCGAGACAAGAAAUCCAAAAGGGAAUUGAAUUUAUUUUGUUACUCUGUCCCAUUUCUUGAGAUAUUUGUCAUGAUUUGUACAGCUGUCACACCUAUAAGUAUUUCUGUAUAUCUUUCUAAACACAUCUGUAUUUAAAAUGCAUAACAAAACACUAGUUAGCUUUAUAGCAAUGCAAUAUUACAGGAAAUGGAUACAAUAGGUUAGAGUGGUAAUAUUCACAAGUUAAGCCAUCUGAGGUCUAUUGUGUAAUUCCCUUUCACUCCACACACACACAACAGUUCUAGACCUCCAUAUUAGAACUGAGGAUAAUAAAGCAACCACAGUGUGACAGUGAUAAAAGUUUUAUUGCUUCUAUUUCUUUUAUAAGUUGCUGUGAAUGUUUCAUUAAUAACCUGUGGAAUAAAAUAUGAAUUCAACAUGCUGGAUGCAUGAGGCACUGGAUUAACUAGUGUCUUAGAGGAUUUAAUCCUUUAAUCCUCCUUUACUAAAUGAUGACUUAAUCAAAUGGAACCAUCUGAUAGAGCUAUGUGGUCAGAAGGUUCCACCAAUCUGAAUGGUGUUUAUCCUGUAUAAUUGGUGAUCUGAUUUUUAUUAAUAGCUUUCAUCCCGAUUUUCCUUAAGUAUUGGGACUGUGGAAGCCUUCUUCAGUCACCAUACCCCAAAAUAUUACCAAAUUGCUUGGUUAACUAACAGUUUUAUAUAAGCCAUUUUAUAAAUAACCCCUUAGAAGGAGAGGGAGCAAGAAGAAUAGAUUUGAAAUAUUGGGACCAGAAAAUGGUGAAUUAGUAACAGUAGACACUGGAUGUCAUAGAAUGGUGAAGCAAUCCAAAGUAUUGUAGCUACCAUUGAAGCAACAAAAGCAAGUGCUAAUAAUUUUUACUAAAUUAUUUUCUUCUUCUGAUGCAGAGGUAUACUACUUAAAUGGUGUUUAUGUACCAUUCAGAAAUACAAUUUCUAUUUUUAGGCAUUUUGAUUCUUUUGAAACACAUGGACACAAGUUCCUUUUAGUAUUUUUUUGAUGUAUCAAGAAUGCAAUUACCUAAUCUGGUGAGAAAGCUGGAAUGCAGUGAAUUUCUUCAGCUGAUAUCUCAAUUAGAUUGUCAGAUUUCCUGGGAGGAAAACGUUACACGAUAAAUCUGAUGUGCUGUGAGCAUUUAAAUGAGAAGGAAUUUUUUUAAAUAUUUUUUUCACUUUUUUAGGUGGUAGUUGAAUUUGAGCGUGCCUUUUUAGGCACCAAGUCUUGGCCUCUGGUCUUUUUUUAUGAUGUAUUGUCAUUUCCACUUGAGGCUUCACUUUUUAUUCUUUAUGUGUUCUUGUGGCCUUCUGAAUUCAGGAGCAUAAGGAAUUGAAUGUUACUACUCCUGGUGGUGUUUCCUGGUUGUUCAGAUUUAUUUGGUAAGUAGGAAAAAGAAAUUGCCCUGUUUAUAAGGGAGUUUUUUCUACUAUAUGCAUUCCUUUGGAUGGUAUAUUGUCACAUGCUUUUGCUUUUUAAUAAAUUAAAAAUUGCACAAAGCAAAACAGUUCAUUAUGUACCAUUGUAUAUUGUAUGUAGAAGGAUAUUGACUAAAUUUAUGUUUGUGACAAAAGCAGGAUUAAAUAGUUAAUGCAGCACUUUCUUUUGAAGGUUUUUGGUAGAUCUGUAUAUGCGGUUUCCUAACUAAUGCCAGCAAGUUGACACACAUAUUUAGCCAGGCUCCUAUUAACCUGCUUAUUAUACUUAUUAUACUAAUUAUAGUAUUAUAAUUUGACAGCACUAAACCACAAAAAAUACUGAAAAUCAUGUUCUUAAUUAAAUCGUUUCUAUGUAUCCAACAUUAUAAUUGAAAAUGUAAUGUUUUCUUCUUUUAUUUACCUACUAGUGAAAAUGUUUGCCUUUUCUUGAAACCAUAAGGCAACAAAAGGUCUCCAGUAUGUAAAUUAAUGUUCUAUAAAUUCUCUGUAUAGUCAUUUUCUCUGCUUUCCAAAUAUUGUCUUGAUUCAGAUGAUAAUAAAAUUAUGAAUGUGAAAUUUCA